ACGGCGCCACUGCGUCUGCCGCUUGCACGCGGUUUCGAGGUGUUCUUACGCAGGCACAGCGGACAUCGACACGCUUGACUUGUGUAGUAGGAGCUUUUAAAGAGAAGUGUUUGUAGCAGAACAGCGUGAGCAAGUGGGCUGUCACCCGCAGGCUCGCGCCCUGCUGCUUAUGCGUCGCUGCCACACGCCUCCCGCGCCCCAAACCGAUGUUGCGGUGUAGUAAUUGGUGCAAAUGGAUAUGUUUGGACAGGGCAGCUCAAGAGAACUUGCCGCAGCGGCCCAAGCUGCUGUGCCAAUUCCCUCGCCGUACCUUUUUUGUGGAAAAUGGCUCAGCAACGACCUUGUGCGUACUUCAAUCACUUAGUUCAAUACCCACGCAUUAUCGCCAUCCUAGUUCGUCUUAUUAGAACUUCUCGCACUUCGUCGACUCUGAGUAAGCGACGCUCUGCGCAUCCUGCAGCUCCGCUUGGCACGCUGCGACUACACCAUUGCAUUGAUAUCUGCUUUGGCAGCCUGAACUGCUGCAACGGACGCAUUUUAAGAGGCUCGCGCGCAAAUCGGCGCUCUUCUUCGGACCAGGCGUGCCUCGCUGGCAGCGGAGCCCUGUUAUAUAGAAACGGGUGACAAAGACACAGGCAUAGGGGGUGCUGCCCCUGACGUCGCGCAGUCACGACGCGUACCAGUACCAUUCCAGUAAGCAAGGCGCUGGAGCUGCUCGUUUGAGCAAUCUGCGACGCCGUCAGCCAUGUUUCCAACACCAGCUGCAGCCCCGGCGUACUCCGGGGAGCAGCCCCUGGGCGUGUAUGCGGUGCUCCCCGCAGCAGGAGUCGCUCUGUCGCCGACCGGUGAAGAAAUACGCACCAUCUUCGUAACGGGCUUCCCAGCCAAUGUUCAUGAGCGGGAGCUCCACAACCUCGUUUGCUUCCUGCCGGGCUAUGAGGCGUCACAGAUGAACCUUAAGAGCACGGCGGCGGGGACCUCGCCGCAGGGCUUUGCGCUGUUCGCCACUCCCGCCGCGGCACAGUCGGCGAUGCUGCUCCUGCACGACAUGCCAUUCGACGUCGACUGCCACCUUCGAUGCGAGAUGGCGCACAAGAACAUGUACCUCAAGUCUGACGACCCCACCAUCCGCCGAGCCGACGUGUCCCGCGGCCAGGGCGGACCCGUGGGCGCGGCGGGCUCGGGCGUGAUGGCGGGCGGCGCCGGCAUGGCGCCCAUGGCCAGCAUGAGCGGCGGCAUGGGCGGCAUGGGCGGCCCGGCGAUGGCGGUGGCGGCGCGGCCGCAGCCCGCAGCCACCCUGGUGGCGACGAUGGGCCCGCACGCCGGCAUGCCUGCCUACACCGCCAUGGCCCCCCACGCCGCCUUCACCACCGGGCCCCUGCUGGCCUCCACCCUAGCCGCCCUGAGGCCUGCCGGGCACGCCGUACACCACCACGGCGGCGGCGGCGGCGGCGCAACACUGCUGCCGCCGCCAGGGCAGGCCAGCGCUAUGGCCGCUAGCCACGCAGGCCUGAUCAACCCGACUCCGGUGGCCGGCUUUGGCCCCGUCACCAACAAGUUCGACAACCCGCCCUGCAACACGCUCUUCAUUGGCAACCUGGGCGACACGGUGGACGAGGGCGAGCUGACGGCGCUGUUCGCCUGCCAGCCCGGCUACAAGCAGCUCAAGCUGCUGAGGCACCCGCGCCAGGUCAGCUGCUUUGUGGAGUUUGGGGACGUGAACUCGGCGGCUGCGGUGCACAGCGCUCUGCAAGGCGCGCUGCUGACAUCAUCCGACCGGGGCCCGAUCCGGAUCCAGUUCUCAAAGAACCCGUACGGCAAGCGCAACCCGCAGAUGGGCGGCAUGGGGUACGGCAUGGGCAUGGGCAUGGGCGGCAGCCUUUCGGCUUCCAGCGCCUCUUCGUCUGCCGCGCUCUUCGGCGCCGCCGCCGCGGCGGCGGUUGGCGGCGGCGGCGGAGUCAUCACCAUGGGACACAUGCACCACGGCGGCGGCGGCGGCAUGGGUGGGAGCGCGAUGGCGAACGCGAUCAUGGCUGCUGGCGGCGGCGGCGGCAGCGGCGAGUUUGGCGGCUGGAGCCAGCAGUUCACGGGCGGCCUCAUGGGCUGAUCAGGCAACCGCCGGCUGGAGGAGGCGAGGGGCUGCGGGAGCCCAAGGGCCGCAGCGCCCCUAGCAACAGCAGCGGCUGUGGCGGCUGUAGCAGCAGCGGCUGGAUCGGCUGUAGCAGCAGCAGUGGCAGCUGCGGAGAAGUGAUGUGAUGAGACAUGCCGGGGGUGCGAGACCACGCGGUUGGUCGCACCUGGAUACUAGAAUCUAGCGACGCGUUGGCGGCGGCUUUGGAUCGUGUUACGCACAAUCCGGAGGGGGAGUUUGAGAUUGAGAUGAGCGGGGGGAGGGGGGGCGAACGGGGGAAGUGCUCUGCCA